AUGCACCUCGCCAGAGUCCUCUCGGUCAUUUCCCUCUUGACCACCUCCUACGCACAGAGCAGCGCGGAUGGCUUCCUCGAGCAGGCUGUCAAGUUGAUGGAAGAGAGUCCGUUGUUGGACACGCACAUUGAUCUGCCGCAGAUUAUCAGGAGUUUGAAUCGACGACCACUCGAUGCCAUCCCCCAACUCAACGGCUCGUUCCCAGGCCACGUCGACAUCCCCCGGAUGCGGCAGGGCCGACUCGGCGGAGCCUUCUGGACGGUGUGGGCGCCGUGCUACGACGUGACGGGGGAAGACCCGGGGAGCGACUUCAACACCCCGACGAACCACCUGCGUGACGCGAUGGAGAUGCUCGACAUCAUCCAGAACAUGAUCGCCCGACACCCGGCCGAUCUGCAGUACGCGCGGUCGACGGCCGAGGUGUGGGACGCGUUCCGCGCCGGCAAGAUCGCCUCGCUCAUCGGCAUGGAAGGCACCCACGUGCUGGGCAACUCGCUGGGAGCGUUGCGCAUCUUUGCCCAGCUGGGCGUCCGCUACUUGACCCUGACACAUACCUGCCACAGCGCGUUCGCGUCGUCGGCCGGCCCGGGCACGCCCAUCGACCCGGUCCACGAGGGCAAUGCCCUGUCGCCGCUGGGCGAGGAGCUCGUGCGCGAACUGAACCGCGUGGGCAUCCUGGUCGACCUGGCGCACACGUCGGACGCGACCAUGAGACAAGUGAUCGCCCUGUCCGAGGCGCCGGUGGUGUGGACGCACGCGGGCGCGCGCGCCCUGUGGGACCACCCGCGCAACGUCCCCGACGACAUCCUGCGCCUGAUCGGCGACGGACCGGGCCAAAAGGACGGGGUGAUCCAGUCCAUCUUCUUCCCGCCGUUCAUCGGGCCAAACCCGGGCGCCAACGUCUCCCGCGUCGCCGACCACAUUGAGCACAUCGCCGGCAUCGUCGGGCGGAACCGCGUGGGGAUCGCCUCCGACUUUGACGGCAUGUACAUCUCGGUCGACGGCCUGGAGGACGCCAGCAAGUACCCCAACAUCGUCGCAGAGCUUCUCUCCCGAGGAUGGACAGCAGAGGAGAUGAAGGGCGUCAUGGGCGGGAAUCUGAUGCGGAUCAUGGAUAAAGUGGACGAAGUCAGCGAGAAGAUGCGGGAUCAGUUGCCCUCCUCGGCCAUUUGGGAGAAGAGACAGGACCUGCCCGCGACGAAAUGGGGCGGUGGGGGCAUUCAGACGUACUGGCCGAGAGAUGUCAAGGAGGCGGUGGAGAGGAUGACGGUGCGGCAUGAUGAGUUGUGA